AUGGCGUUUUUGAGAACGGUGCCGCGUUGCAGUGCCGGUAAAAAGUUAAGGAAGUGUUUACCACUUCCUAUUGGGUUUCUCGAGAACAUAACGAAGCCAUCGGUGCAGUUGGUGCAGGUGCACGAACGUGAAUACACCGGUACUACUACUGACGUGAAGCCGGCUCCACGGCAGAUUGAUCCUUUGGAUUUGAAGUUUAACGAUCCAAUUGCUGCUUUUAAAAGUAAAACCACGAAAGAACUACUUCGUGCCUACGUCGUUUAUCAACUAUGUUCGAUCGAAUAUAUUGUCGAGAACAAUAUGAAGUUGAUGAAAUUUGCCAAGCAAAUACUUGGGGAGACACUUUUUACAAAAUUUAUGAGAGCAACUUUUUACGGCCACUUUGUCGCCGGCGAAGACGAGCAGCAAAUCACUCCUGUCCUAGAUAGGUUACGCCAAUUCGGCGUGAAACCGAUUCUCGAUUAUUCCGUCGAAGAAGAUAUCUCGCAAGAGGAAGCGGAACGACGAGAAAUGCAAGGUUCCGUAUCAGAAGCUGGAGAUGAAAAAAGAGAAGGUCCCUUAAAAAAGUAUCAUGUCGCAAAACCAUUCGCGGAUCGUCGGUAUAAGGUAUCCUCGGCAAGAACGUACUUUUAUCUUAACGAAGCUAAUUGUGAACGAAAUAUGGACAUAUUCAUCAGAUGCCUUGAGUCUGUAGCUGGUGCUUCAAUGGGAGUUGGCUUUACCGCUGUUAAAUUAACUGCUCUUGGCCGUCCACAAUUAUUGCUUCAACUAUCAGAAGUAAUUAUGCGAGCGCGACAAUAUAUGUCGGACGUAGUUGGUGGUGAAGGCGCUGUUUUAACUCAUCAUGCUAAGCCAGAUGAUUUUAUGAAAAAAUUUGAGGAAGCACACAUCAAAGAUGAAGAAACAGUACAAAAGUUUCUACAAAAAAUUCAAUCGGAUAAAGAAGGUGUCAUUCACUUGUUCCCAUGGAGUGGUAUUCUAGAUGAGAACUAUGAGCUCAGUGAAACGUUCCAAGUACCAGAUAUUAAAACGGGAAAGAUGGUUAGGCUUAUGUCACAGCUUACGUCCAAAGAAGAGGAAAUGUUCCGAAAUAUGAUAAGACGUCUCAAUAAUAUCGUCACGGUGGCCGAUAAAUUAGACGUACGUAUAAUGAUAGAUGCCGAACAAACGUAUUUCCAACCUGCGAUAUCGCGAUUAACGUUGGAGAUGAUGCGCAAGUACAAUACACGUAAGGCCGUGGUGUUCAAUACGUACCAGACAUACUUGCAAGAGGCUUUUAAUGAAGUGAAAACGGACCUAGAACAGGCUGAACGUCAAAACUUCUACUUUGGUGCUAAACUCGUUCGAGGCGCAUACAUUGAACAGGAGAGAGCAAGAGCCGCAGCGAUGGGUUAUCCUGAUCCAACAAAUCCUACAUACGAAGCUACAACUGAUUCUUACCAUAGAACUUUAAUGGAAUGCUUAAGGCGGAUGAAACAAUACAAAGAUAAAGGAGAGGAUCCAAAGAAAAUCGGAAUUAUGGUUGCAUCACAUAAUGAAGAUACAGUACGCUUUGCGAUAGAAAAAAUGAAGGAGAUAGGAAUCUCGCCAGAAGAUAAGGUGAUUUGUUUUGGUCAAUUAUUGGGAAUGUGUGACUACAUAACAUUUCCACUAGGCCAAUCUGGAUAUUCAGCAUACAAAUAUAUUCCUUAUGGUCCAGUCAAAGAAGUAUUACCAUAUCUUUCUCGGCGUGCACAAGAAAACCGAGGUAUACUUAAAAAAAUUAGGAAAGAGAAACGUCUAUUGUUAACUGAAAUUAUGAGGCGUUUCGCGAGUGGGCAGAUAUUUUAUAAACCGAAGGGAAAUUAUACUCCCGUCUGAGCAGCUGGUCAUUUCGUUUGCACAGACAGAUUUUAAGUAUCAAACUUAAGUAGUGAUUGUAAAUUAUUCAAAAAAAAAAAAAGACUUUGUGGUAUGCAGAGCAAAUGCUCGCGCGUGAGAGUGAAUGGAAGAAAUAUGCAGUGUUAUUCAUUAUACAAAAUUGCCUUAGUGUGAAUAUUAUCAAGUGCAAACUGCUCAAUAUCGCACCAUGUGGUAGAACUAUGUUCAUUGCUCGUUAUGUGUAUGUUCAAUAUUAUAUUUGAAUAUGUUUUAUUUAAUGUAUAUUUUUUAAUACUGCUUUUUUUUUUACAAAGGAAGAAAAUAAUUGGGGUACUUCGAGAAUUAAGUAUAAAAUAAUCUUAUUAGCAAUGAUCUUUAAUAUUGAUCAUUUUUUUAUAAAUUGUUUCUACGAAGUAGCUUUAUAGCUCGAUAUAUUUCUAAUUAUAGAUCGAUAUAUUUCUAAUUAAAAAAAUAUACCUCCUUUGUCUGAAACUUACUAUAUUUUUGUGUUUUAUAUUUUAUUUAAGAAUCUCGUAGUGCGUGCGUGCACGAUUAUUUAUAGCGAAAGUGUUUGAAUAUAUGUUUAUAUACUUUAGUAUUGUUUACAUAUACAUAUAUUAUAUAUAUAUAUUAUAUAUAUAUAUAUAUUUCAUCAUUAUAUAUAUAUUAUAUAUGUAUAUAUAUGAUUUUUCAUAUGAAAGUAUAAACAAACAUAAAAUUAAAUCGAUAUAGCUCUAUUUAACUAAGUUAAAAUACUCGCGUGGAAUGAACAUUCGCUUCUAGUUUCAUAAUAUUUUGUGCGUAGUUACCAGAAACAGAUAUUACCAAAGUUGCUAGUAUUGGCAAAUUACGAGUCAUAAUGAAUUUCUGUUUAAUCAGAAAUAUUUGCUCAUUAUUCAAAAAAAAAAAAAAAAAAAAUGAAAAAAAAAGAAAAAGAAAAAAGAUAGAAAAAAAU